AUGGCUGUUGGUGACUAUUUCCCAGCGAUCGUAUCACCUAUAGCUUAUUUAAAUGAACCAUCUUUAUCAAAAUGUCCACCACUGUUUGACUUACGACGACGAAUGACUCCUGUAGGUACGCAUAAUAGUUCAACGUUCAUUCGAUUUCCAAUUAGUUCACGUACAUCAACUGCGUUCGUCCCGAUAUAUCAACAACGAACAUAUCGUUCGUCUUUUCGACCAACUCCAAUAAUUAAAGACACUCAUUCCAUAUCAGAUAACUCGAAGUCAUCUAACCCUACACCAUCAAGUAUUGUUAGCGAUCAGCAGAAACCUAAUCUCUCGAAAAAAAUGAUUAAUCCAAUAUUAAACAAUCCUUUAUUAAAUUAUCGCAAAGAACGACCAAAACCUAUUCCAAAUAGAUUUCAAACAAGCUUUUCGAAUACAUCAAGACUCGGUUUAGCAUCAAAGGCGACCAUAAAUAAUAAUCCAAAAUCAAAAUUUCGUGCAAAUACAGCUCCACUUUUAGCGAAUGAAAUCGAAACUACUUCAAAUGAACAAAUCACUUCGAAUGAAAGUGAAUAUGAAGAUCAGAAAGAAAUUGAAUUCUUCGAUGAAAGUAAAUAUAAUUAUAUUACACGUUGGAUACAGGGUAUUCGCGUAACAGAAAAUGGUCGUACAGAAACAUUGCCUAAAAUAAGAAAUUCAAAAAAUCGACUCGUACAAUCUUAG